UCUUCGUAUAAAUAUUGGUAAUAUAUUUUAAAUAGGUAAUAGUAUGACCUAAUAACUGUAGUGACGGCUCUAUCAUGCCACUAUUUGACGGCGUAGCACAAUUCAAAAAAAAAAUUCUCUUCUGUCGUUUGUUGUUUACUUUACACGAAUAACAAUAAUUAUUAGUCGCGAUUGAACUUCCUCGUUAAUUAAACAAAACAGGCAAAUGUGUAAAUAUGUUUUUUGCGCUCCUAAAGAGAAAACUGAAUCCUGCGUUUGGUAUUCAUGAUUAUUGUCGGUUUGAAGCCACCAUGACUUAAUGUAUUUUUGCAUUUUUGUUUUAAAUUCGUGAUUGUUUUUAUUUGACGUCCGCCGCCAUGGACGAAUCGACGUUCCUGAUGCUGCUGUCUGUUCUAAUGUUGGUAGCUAGUUACUUAUCUGGCAGUGUUCCGCUAGUGAUGCCCAUGUCUGAAGCCAAAUUGGAACUCGUAUCCCUUUUUGGAGCUGGCCUCCUUGUCGGUACGGCGUUAGCUGUAAUAAUACCUGAAGGAAUUCACUCCCUCUACUCAACUGUGGCACCACACAAAACUGCUGAUAAUAUGACAGUUACAAUAGAUUUUAGUGAUGUUAAUUUUCAUUCAGUAAUUGGAGUUACAUUAGUAUUAGGAUUUACACUAAUGUUAUUAGUAGAUCAACUGUCAUCAAAAUAUACAAAAGAUGUAGAAGCCGGAUUUGCCAGUCGUAAUUCUGGUAGUAUGACAGCUACCCUAGGUCUUGUAGUGCAUGCUGCUGCUGAUGGUAUUGCUUUGGGUGCUGCAGCUGCCUCGACUCAAACAGAAGUGGAAAUGAUAGUUUUUAUUGCAAUAAUGUUACAUAAAGCACCAGCUGCCUUUGGUUUAGUCACCAUUUUAUUACACCAUGGACUUGACAAAAAAAGAAUACGUAGACAUCUGUUAGUAUUUUCUAUGGCUGCACCCCUAGGUGCACUACUCACUUUCUUUUGCAUAGGCCAGGAAAGUAAAGAAACAUUAUCGUCCAUGAAUGCCACUGGAGCCGCCAUGUUGUUCAGUGCAGGAACAUUUUUAUAUGUUGCAACAGUUCAUGUACUUCCAGAGUUGAUGGUCAAAGCUUCUAGAGGAGGCAGUGAUACUUUUAACCCACUACAAUUGUUGUGCUUAGUAUGUGGUACUGUGACACCAUUAAUGUUGUCAGUCCACCAUGGACACUAAGUACAAAGUCCAAACAAUUUUUUAUAAUAGUUUCUUAAUUAAUGCAUAAUUAUAGUAUUGUAUCAACAGUUCAUAAAUAAUCAAGUUUAAACGCAAGUUAUUUUUAAUAGGCUACAAUGUUUCUAAACUUAAAUUUUUUAUUCCAGAAAGUAUAAAAGCCUAUAACUUAAUAAGGUUAAUACAGAAAAAGGAUAUUAUUUUUUUGUUAUCUGCUAAGUAUUCCAGUAAAAUAUUGUAGUUUUUUUUUUAUUUUCCAAUCAUUAAACAUAUCUAACAUAUUAUAGAGCUUGAAUUUCCAACUAUUUGAUUCAAGUAAUAUUAUUUUAAGAAUCAAUGACCUUGAAGUUUUAAAUUAAUAAACUUAUUUUU